AUGGCGGGGACUUGGUUUCACAAUCUGAGGAAAAAGAACAGAAUAUACUACAGCUUUUAUGUGUGGAAUUUGUUUUACCUUUUUCCACCUUAUUAUACAAGAAGCCACAAACACAAACAAUUCUUACAACCCCAACAAAAUCAAUACCAACUUUCUCUCAGAUUCAAAUGCAGCAGCAGCAACAAUGACAAUAGUAGUGGUUUAAACUCAUCAUCAGUUCAAGCACCAACUGAUUCUGCUGCUGUAGGAGUAAGGUUCAGGAGAAGGUCAUCAAGAAAGCAAGAAAACAAUAACAAUGAUGGAGGUGUUGCUACAAGAAUGGGAAAUGUCAAAAGUGCCCCCAAGAAGAAAUGGGAGGAGAUGACAUUGAAUGAGAAGGCAGUGGAACUAUACAUGGGAGAAAAGGGUGCACUGUUUUGGCUCAACAAGUUUGCAUAUGCAUCAAUAUUCAUAAUGAUUGGUGCUUGGAUUUUGCUCAGGUUUGUUGGUCCUGCACUCAAUCUUUAUCAGCUGGAUUCUCAACCAUUGAACCCUUCUGAUGUAUUCAAGGGAUCUUAA